AAACAAAAUCCCACGUGACUGGCUCUGCUGUUAGUCUAUCAUGGCGUCUCCCAGUGGGAAGGGAUCCCGGGCGCCGGAGGCUCCUGGCUGCGGGCCCCGGCCGCUCGCCCGGGACCUAGUGGACUCGGUGGACGACGCGGAGGGGCUGUACGUGGCGGUCGAGCGGUGUCCGCUGUGCAACACCACCCGCCGGCGGCUGACCUGCGCCAAGUGCGUCCAGAACGGCGAUUUCGUCUACUUCGACGGCCGCGACCGUGAGAGGUUUAUAGACAAGAAGGAACGGUUAAGCCAACUUAAAAGCAAGCAAGAAGAAUUUCAAAAAGAAGUGUUAAAAGCUAUGGAAGGAAAAUGGAUAACAGAUCAGUUGAGAUGGAAAAUAAUGUCCUGCAAGAUGAGAAUCGAACAACUGAAACAAACAAUAUGUAAAGGAAAUGAAGAAAUGAAGAAAAAUUCCGAAGGCCUUCUCAGAACCAAGGAAAAGAAUCAGAAGCUUUACACUCGAGCACAACGGCAUCAAGAGAAAAAGGAGAAGAUCCAGAGGCACAAUCGCAAACUUGGUGACUUAGUAGAAAAAAAAACCAUUGACUUAAGAAGUCACUAUGAGCGUCUGGCAAAUCUUCGGCGAUCUCAAAUAUUAGAGCUCACAUCUGUCAUUUUUCCAAUCGAGGAAGUAAAGACUGCUGUGAGAGAUCCCGCAGAUGUGUCUUCCGAGAGUGACAGCGCCAUGACCUCCAGCACUGUGAGCAAGCUUGCUGAAGCCCGGAGGACGACCUACCUGUCUGGGAGAUGGGUCUGUGACGACCACAAUGGGGACACCAGUAUUAGCAUCACAGGGCCUUGGAUCAGCCUUCCCAACAACGGGGACUACUCUGCCUACUACAACUGGGUGGAAGAGAAGAAAACCACGCAGGGACCUGACAUGGAGCAUAAUAACCCCGCUUACACGAUCAGUGCUGCGUUGUGCUAUGCGACCCAGCUGGUCAACAUCUUGUCUCACAUACUCGACGUCAAUCUUCCCAAAAAGCUGUGCAACAGUGAAUUUUGCGGGGAAAAUCUCAGCAGACAGAAAUUUACUCGAGCAGUGAAGAAACUGAAUGCAAAUAUUCUUUACCUGUGCUUUUCUCAGCAUGUAAAUUUAGAUCAAUUACAACCACUGCAUACCCUCAGGAAUCUAAUGUACCUGGUCAGCCCGAACUCUGAACACCUGGGCAGGUCGGGACCCUUUGAAGUGCGAGCAGACCUCGAGGAGUCCAUGGAAUUUUUGGACCCGGGAGUCGCUGGAGAAUCGGAUGAGAGUGGAGACGAGCACAUAAGUGAUGAGGAAACGGACCUGGGCACGGACUGGGAGAACUUGCCGAGCCCCCGGUUUUGUGACAUCCCGUCCCAGCCCGUUGAAGUCUCCCAGAGCCAGAGCACCCAGGUGUCCCCACCCAUCGCCAGCAGCAGUGCUGGCGGGAUGAUCUCCUCGGCUGCAGCCUCAGUGACCUCCUGGCUUAAAGCUUACACUGGACACCGUUAACGGGCAUAGACCGAAACAUGCCAGAUCUGCGUCAAGCAAGUACACUAGUGACCUUUAUGUAUUUAGGUGAGAUCGUGCCUGGAACAAAAAGAGGUUCAACUGCUGCUCUUUUUAAAGCAGGGAGACAAGCGUUUCUAUUUGUCAAAUGGCUGACGGUGGUUACUGACAUGCUUAAGAUAAUUAAUAGAACAGAGGGGUCAGAGGUCCUUCUACCCACACGAGUGCACGAGGCCAGUUCUGUUGAGGCAGAAAUUCCUUGGGGUUCCCUCUGAUCACAGGCCACAGGACCCACAGACACAGGCUGACAUGUUGGUGCUUGUGAUGCUGAGACUGUUCUGAACACUUUACGUUGUAGAGGUUGAAUCACAAGGAAGUGAUUCUUGAUGAUCAGGACUUGAAAGAUAAAAACUAUUUAAUAUGAGUUUGUUUUUUAUGCCAUCAUUUUUGUACAGAGAACCAGCAGGCAAUUUGAAAUACUUGAUUUCUUUAUAAUUUGAUCAUGUUUGGUUUUUAGGUCAAGGAUUUCGGUUUUGUUUGGAAAGGGUGUUGUUUUUUGGGGGGCGGGGAAUGGGUAGUUUAAAAAUUAUUUCACUUGUGCUGCUCUGUUGUAGUUCGUCAGACAUUCCUGUUUUUCUUUCUCCCCACACACCAAAGAAACUUGUCUUUUUUUCUUUAGGACCCACAUCCAUGAACAGAAGAAAUUCUAGCUGCAAUAAUGUCCUAGAGAUUUUAAACCUAGUUUUUUGUAUCCUGAGAGGAAUUAAGUUCAUUCUUACCUAGAUUAUUGAAUUCCUACCACUCACACUAUGUGCAUUUUGAAAUGGAACUUAUUUUCUGUGCGUGAAAGGUUAAGUCAUGAAGGUUGUUCACUUGUGGAAGCCGAAUUGCCUGCCUGGGCACAGGUUAAAAGCCACUUGAUGAAGUGGCCUCCGUUCAUUCUUCUGGUGUCCCAUUUCUUUCGAAGGGAUUAAUAGGCGGCAGGCUUUUCGAGGGAAAACCAUCCUGCUUGUUUGCUUCCUAGAGGUCUUUGUUGCUGUAAGUACACUACCUUCCCCCAGAAAUGCAGAGCAAAUCAUUACAGCUGAGGAAGCCCAAUGGGAGAAGAUUCCCUCACCAAGAGAUCCUUCAACCAAUGUCUCUUGUCAUUCUCUUAGUGACAAUCUUAUAAGAAAACCGUAGAGAGGCAUUAUGUACAAAUAUGUAAGUAGUUUUUAUUUUUAGUAGCUGCAAAAAAAAAAAAAUCCUAUGUAACAACUACAAAAAGAAAUCCUAUGAAAAAUUCCUAACAGGCAUUAUUACCAUAUCUUGUUAGUGUGAUUAGCAUGAUAGUACCUCAGAUAAAUCACUGGGAGGUUUGCCCUGCCCUAGCUUCAUUUCCCAUUAUAAUGAUUAUAGAUGAUACUUGGCCUCCAAAUCCGAGGUGCUAUAUAGAUUUUGCUAUUGGUAUAUUUAGUGUUUUGUAGAGUUUUGAGUAGAGUUGCGGAAGGGUGUUUAUUCCUAUCAGGGAGUCCCAAGUUCCCUGACUGUCUGACUUUCCCACUUGGGGAGGAGACAGGCUUUUCUGUUUUAACUGCUCUGUUUCCAGGAUGGCUGUGCUUGUGUUGUACCAUCCAGGCCUGUAAUUCAGAGAGUGGGUGUGACAGACUUGAACAAAUACCAAAUGAACUUAAAAUCCCAUGAGAUAAGAAUUGUGCAAGCACUUCCUACCCUCAAAAAGAAGAGCUUGGCCUCGAGAGUUGGAGCACUGGGAUUUGGGUCCUGAGGGUAAAGGCUGACUUCAGCUGAAAGAUGCAUAAUAGUCAUGGUUUUUUCCUCAAAAAAGCCUCUUACGAAACCGUGAAUUGAGAUGAAGCUAAAGAAUAGAAUCCAGAGAUCACAAACUCCUGUCUAGAGUAAUUCAAUAAACCUAAUAAGGAUAUGGGAAAUUUAGGGAUUGAUAGGGUAUAUUUUGUUGUUGUUAAUAUCACCUAGAGGCACUUUACUUAGGGUUAAAUGAUCAAACCCUUUAGUGGUUAUGAACACCAACAUACUGGCUUCAACUGCUGAGGUAUUUUGGUUUUCAUUAUUUUGCACUGGAUCCACCCUGUAAAUAUUCUUAAUUAUACAUUUCAACCACUGUUUUUCUACUCUCUUUGCUGCUCAUUAAAAUCGUUCAUGUAGGUGCCAGAAACGUAUGUAAACAGCUUUUAAGAAAAUUAAAGCUGGUUUUUUUUUUGUUUUUUUUUUUUUAAAAACAAAAAGCCAUAGAACUUGGUCCUGUUUUCCAUAUUAAAAUGAUUUGUUGAAACAAGUUAAUGCUAAUAAAAACCCAGAGGCACCAAAUAGGCUGCUUGAAAUGGUCUGUUAAACACUUUUUGUAAUGGAAUAUGACUAAGAAAAGUUUUGCACAUCUGCAGAUUAAGGCGAAAAACAGUAUGUCAACAUUGGGUAUAGUGGACAGCAUUCAUUUAAGGAUUCAUGGAUUGAUGAUUUGGGAAAGGGCAUUUGGUAGCAUGCUGUUCAAAGAACUACAGUAUUCGAGAAUCUCCUCAUGGUGUCAUGUUGCAGGAAUUUGCCAUUGCUCUGCAACUUUCAAGCCAGUUUGAGUCAUACAAAUGUUUUCUAAACUUUUAUUGUAUUAUUGCAAUAAAUCUUUUAACAGUA